UGCGACUAAUUACGCUAAAAUACUUACUGACGGGAAAUCCACUCUUGCGACGUAAAUACCGUUAAAUUGAUAGCAAUCUUACAUAGCAAAUCGUUGCUUUGCUUUGUUUUUUUGUCAAAACAGCCGACGGAUAUAACCGAUGCUGAAAGUGAUUGUGAUUCGCAGAUUGAGCAUCUUUUCUCUCUCAAUGCGCGUGUACGCGACACAAUCGAUCACGCGAUGACAAUUUUCAAAAGUAGGACGAUCCAUCGCGCUUGUGUGUGACGCUUGCGGUGAUCUUGAUUGCUCUCUCGUCAGCUGGAGGUAUCGCACGUGCGCGAGCGAAUUGUCAAACGUUAGCGAAUUCCGAUCGUCAUUGUAUAAAGAUCGCUCGGCUUUAAAGCGGUCGCUCGGUCGUUCAACGAUCAGAAUAUCCAUUGUCACAAGAUUGUCACGAAUCGCCGACCAACCGCGAAGUCCAAAAUGUCCAUGCUGAUUUUCGCCUUCUUCCUGUUCUCCGUGGCCUUCGCGAGCGAUGACAGCUUGAAUAGAACGAACCUGAAGUGUUCAGGGCGCGCUCACCACAAUGCAUCCCUCACCGCGUAUUAUCCCGUGUUCGGAACAGACGACAAACGCAAUCAUCUGGACGAGAGGGGCGAAAAACUGAACACUCUUCAGGAUUACUUGGACGGCCGCAAUCGUUACGUCACCGUCGCCGGUAAUCUCAAAUCCGGUAUUCCCUAUGGGACGAAAGUGUGUAUAGAGAAGAUGAACGAGCGAUUCGGCAGGUGGAUUCCAUUCGAGGUGAGGGACCAGGUUGAUUACGGGAAGGAUGACGUGACACCUGAUUUCUCGAGCCUAGAAAUUUGCGUCAGGACCGAGGAAGACACUUACGAUACCUACGUCAACGGCCUCGUGACUAUCUACGUGUGACUGCCACGAGGAAACAUCGCGUGUCUUCGAUCGACG